UGGCCGGUGCAGUAUAGACGGGCUUCUUUCUGUCUUGAUGGAAAACACACGCGCAUAGCCCUCGUCCUUACCUUACGCCAACCUCCUCCGCCAUGGCGUCUACUCCCUCGAAUCCCACCUGGCAGCACGCGAACAACACGCCCGGCGCCGCGCAGACUCCCGACAUUGAUGGCGCGUUUCCGAUAGACCACCACCCGCAGCAGGGCUCGAAUACCGAUGGACAGGACGCGAUCCGGGAAGGAAAGCAAAAGGCAAAGGAGACCAUGCAGGCGCAGGCACUCUCUAGAACACAUUCGCCCGCGCCCUUCAACAACAUGACCAAUGGCUCGGCACAGUCCAAUGGCGCUGCCCAACUGAGUCGCAAACGCUCGCGCGAUGGGACGCAAUUGCCAGUCACCGAGAGCGCGAUGGAACCGCAACCCGCGCACGGCGCGGUUUUGCUGGAUCGCUACAUUCAACGCGACCUCUUGCAUGGAGCAGCAAUGAUCGACCAGGCGCAGCGGUCGCGCGAUCUUCUACUGGCCAAGGAGAAGGAAAGGGACUUCUACGCGACUGAGGUCAUGGCGCGCCGGCGAGCAGAUCCGGGCUCAAUAUUCGGCUACGGCUUCAGAGGAUUUGGCAAUGGCACUACUAAUGCGAAGCCCCAAAUUGUCUAUAGCGCGCAGCGUGGGCCGCUGAAGGGGCGGAAGUGCAGGCAAAUCCAUAUAAACCGCAAGGACUUGCAGCGCCAAGCGGAACAGCACGAGGAGCUCGUGCCUAUACGGCUGGACAUGGAGCUGGACAAGCUGCGACUGCGCGACACCUUUACGUGGAAUCUGCAUGAAAAGUGCAUAAAUCAGGACGUAUUCAUGGAUUACCUGCUGGAAGAUCUCCGGAUUCCACCCGAGAAUCUACGUGAGGUCUCUCAGCAGAUCAAAGCCGAGAUGCAGGAGCAGAUACAGAACUUUUAUCCCCAUGUGAUUGUGGAGGACGGGCCCGUCGAGGCCGGUGUGCCCUACUCGGGCCACAAGGACGAUGAGAUGCGGAUACAGAUCAAACUCAACAUCACGAUUGGCCGCAUCACACUCAUCGACCAAUUUGAGUGGGACAUCAACAAUCCGCUCAAUUCUCCCGAGGAAUUUGCGCAAUCCAUGGCGAAAGAAAACGCGCUCUCGGGAGAGUUCACCACAGCCAUUGCUCACUCGAUUCGCGAGCAGAGCCAACAAUAUACGAAAGCACUAUACUUGACAAAUCAUGCCUUUGAUGGACGACCUAUCGAGGACCCCGAAUUGAGGGAUAACUUCUUACCGGCACCUCUUCUGAGUGCUUUCCGACCUGUACAAAGCCAGAAAGACUUCACACCGUACAUGUACGAAAUGAGUGAAGCGGAGCUAGAACGGACAGAGACGUCCAUGAUGCGUGAGCACCGAGCACAGAAACGACAGCUCAACCGCAGGGGCGGACCGGCACUUCCCGAUCUGCGCGAAAAGCCGAGAACUGUCAGGUCCUUGAUCGUGCAUUCGGUCAUACCCGGCGCUGUCGAGACCUUUGAAACGACUGGCAUCCCCAAAACGAGGCGUGGCGGCAAAGGGGCUCGUCGCAGUGGCCGAAAUGCGGAUGGUGAGAUGGAUUCUGAUGAUCUGGAUAGCGAAGACUCUGCCACGGAACAGCAGUCUCCAGCUCCUGCUGCCAUCGUGAAUGUCGGAGGCACUGCUCGGACCAGGGGCAUGCGCGGUGCAGCUGCACAAGCCCAGGCGAACAUGCGUGCAGGUUAUGGUCGAUCUGCAACUCCUGACUCCCAGGCUGUGCCUACGCCCGCUCGAGAACCGCGGACUGUGCCUGAAAGAUCCAGUCGACUGCGGGAAGAGAGCGCUGCUGUUGCUGAGGAGGAAGAAAGUCUGAUUGUCAAGCUCAAGAUUUCAAAAGCGAAGCUCAAGGCAGUUUGGGACGCUCUGCAAGCAAAGAAGUGGGCAAAGGAAUUCCCGCUGUCAGGAUACGCCUCCGCGCCCUCCACCAGCCUGAACACGCAGCCCGGUACACCUGCUCGAGGCGCUUCGGGCACACCCAACAUGGCACCGCGAAGUCUACCUGCAACACGAAACACGCCUCAACCGAAUGGCAAUCACUCUCGUGCGGACUCUGCUGGGCGGCAGCCACAGGCGAGCCCGAGCAAGAACGGCAUCAGCUACGACUCACGAGGCGCAGUCGAUAUAUCGCAUUGGCCGGGACCAGACGACGAGGCGCCACCUCCACCACCUUGGCUGACAGAAUCCAUUGCGACCCUUCGAGCCGAGCACCCUGAUGAUGAUUUCAUGCCUUUCAUGCGUGCUUAUACGAUCGAUGCCGAGACUGAAGCAACCAUCACCAAGGGCAGAGGGCCCCCAACCGCUGGAGGUGUCCCAGCCGCUGGCACGAAAUUCCAAUAUCUGCCCAGAAUCAGGUGUAACGAUUGUCCCGGCAAGCUGUACACUGCCGUUCCUGGCAAGGUCAUACAGGACUUUUCGGUGCAUCUCCGAAAUCGCGUCCACCGGGAAAUGGUCAAUACAAGGAAGCAGGGAGGAUCCCCUCAGGCGUAGGAGCGAGAAGCUCGGACCCUUCGGCCCACUAGGGAGUGAGACGUUCCAAGGCUGUCAUGACCAUGUGUGGUCGGUUUUAGCAACAGUCACGUAUCGUCUGACAUAUAUACCAGGUGUGAAUGUCGCGGCCGCUUUCUUGCUUUCUUGCUUCGUCUUGUAGAAGAGCACCCAGGGAGAAUUUACAGCGAGAAUUCAUAGAGAGAGAGAGAUGAAAAGUGUGCAGUGUGGUAGACGGGAGAGAUGAAAGCUGCAGGAUAGCAAUGUUGUAUAAAUGAAGUGUUGUCUUGCUAGCAGCUCGCUGCAACUACCUUAUUUGUUGGAUUA